AUGACGCUCUUCGUUCAUCAGUUGGACGGGGGAAUCCCUAUAUAUACGAUUGAAGAUCGCAUCAAAUCACACAGCACAGUCACACAAGACAAUCACAGACACAUCCCUGCAGUGUCCAUCUUAGAAAAUAGAAACAUGAGAGCGUUUGUGUUAGUGACAUUGGCGGCGUUGGCACACGCUCGGCCCGAGGCAGGCUACUCAUAUAACGCACCUGGACGAGGAGGCGGAGGCGGCGGUGGCGGUUUUGGAGGCCUCGGGGGUGGAUUUGGUGGCGGUGGUCUUGGCCACGGUGGUGGCGGUUUCGGAGGUGGCGGAAUUGGUGGAGGUGGUUUCGGAGGCGGUGGUAUCGGAGGAGGCGGUUUCGGAGGCGGUGGCAUUGGAGGAGGUUUCGGAGGCGGCGGCGGCGGUGGCGGCGGAUUCGGAGGUGGAUUCGGAGGUAUGUAG